CCGACAUAAACACCCUAAAGAUAUGACUAGAACUUUAUUCUAUGUUAUUGAUCCAGCGCAUAUAAUGAAAUGUAUAUGGCAUAACUGGUUGAAGCAAAGAGAGCAGACCUCCAUGGUUUAUCCGACAUUUGAGGAAAAUGAUAAUGUCAUUCAUUAUGCUUGUUUUGAUACUUUAUUAAAAAUGUAUGAUCUCAAACAUGAUAAAUUAGCAAAGUAUUGCCAUGGUCUUUCAUUAAAGGCUUUGCAUCCCAAUGCUUUUGAAAAACAAAAUGUGAAACUGGUAUUGCAAAUUUUCAAUGAUCUCACUUCAGAGUCUCUUCUAACUCUAGGCCCUAAUCAUUUGCUUCCUCACUAUAGAGAAACAGCUGUUUACAUCAACAUCUUCGUAAAAUGGUGGAAAAUUGUUAAUGUUAAAACACCUGGCAAAGGAAAUAGGUUAAAUGAUGAUUUCAUGUGUCCCAUAACAGAUUAUGCAGACGACAUCAAAAUUGUAUAUCUUAAAGAAAUGUUACAAUGGCUAGAAAAAUGGAAGAAAAUGAAUAUAAGUUAUCCAAAAGGCUCAUUGACGAAAGAAACCCAUUUGGCUCUAACACAAACUACAGAAGCACUUAUACAUUUGUCCAAAUAUUGUUUAAGUGAGAUGAAUUGUUCAUACUUUUUACCUGGCAAGUUUCAAACUGACCUCCUAGAAGAUCGGUUUGGACAGUACAGACAAUUAAGUGGUGGCCAAUAUAAUAUCAGUAUUAGACAAGUGUAUGAAGUUGAGAAGAAACUUCGUUUACAAUCCGUGAUCAGAUUAAACUUAAAGUCAGAUGUUUUUGGUGCAAUAAGCUUCAGUGAAAUAAAAGAUGUCUUCUCCGAGCCUCCACAAAUUCUCAAGGACAUAGUGGUACCUCCCUUAUUUAAUGAAAUUUAUGUAACUUUGGCAGAAAUUGAAAAUUACAAUGAAGAUUUGCCUAUUUUGACAUACAUUGCAGGGUACUGUUGCUAUUCCGUACUGAAAAAGUUAAAAUGUGAAUUUUGUAAAGAUAUGUUGGUGUUAAGCGAGGUUUUGGAAGAUGAAGAAUUGUAUUCCUUAAUAACAAAUGUUAGUCGAGGUAAACUCCUCUUUCCUCAGUCUCAUGUCAUCAGUGUUGUUGUUGUUACAUAUUUAAUUAUGAAAAAAAUUUGUGAAAAAUUUGAAUCAGAUUUUCUCAAAGUACAGAACCAGAGAGAGUUAGUUACAUGUCUCACUUUAAAUUCAAUUGUCUCCAGUGAAUUACUUUGGGAAGGAUCCUGUUGUGAAAAUUUUCAUUUUCCUGAAGAUAUUUGUAAGAAAAUAGUAUGGAUUUCAACAAACAUCUUUUUAAAUAAUUACUGUAGAAAGAAAAAUCAGACCAUUACCAAAGAUGCAGUACCUAGGAAGAAAAAGAUUUUUAGUAAAUCCAAUUAAAGUUAGUAAAAUAAAAGCAUUCUAUCAAAUAAUGCUGUGGCUGUAUGUUGGUGACUGUUGAGUAACUGCUCGAUUUAUGGUUAUGUGAACGAAAAUUCUAAAAAA